AUGCCAAGACCAAGGGAUGAAAAAGAAAGUAACCUGCUAGAAUCAGGAAGAGAUGAGAAGGAGAGCACCCCGCAGGAGUCAAAACGGGAUGAAAAAGAAAGUAGUUUGCCAGAAUUAGGAAGGAAAAGAACAGAGAGCAGUCUUCAAAAGUCAGAAAGAGAUAGAGAAGAGAGUAACUCGCAGAAACCAGGAAGGGAUGAAAAAGAAAAGGACAAAAAGGAUAAAGAUGAAAUAGAUACCGAAAACUUAGAGGACGAUCCAGAAGAAGGGACUAGCCAUUCAUACUAUACUAGGGUUGCUGAACGGAAAGUCAAAGACAAGGAGGGGGGGAAAACUUACAGACUGGUUCAAGAUCUAAGAACUGUAAAUGAAAUCACGAAAACCCUACACCCAGUAGUAGCCAACCCUUAUACACUUCUGACUAAAUUAAAAGACAGUCUGAUCUGGUUUACAGUGUUAGAUUUGAAAGAUGAAUUCUUCUGCCUUACCCUAGCUACAGAGAGUCAGAAGAUCUUCGCCUUUGAAUGGGAAUCUGUUAACAAAGGGAGAAAGACUCAAUUAACCUGGACAGUUUUACCUCAAGUCUAUAAGAGUAGUCUCACAUUGUUCGGAAAUCAAUUAGCCAAAGAAUUAGAACAAUGGGAAUGGCCACAGGGAGAUGGCACUCUUCUACAAUAUGUAGAUGAUUUACUAAUAACAACUGAAACAGAAGAAGAGUGCGUAAAAUGGACAAUUUCUUUAUUAAAUUUCUUGGGUUUAAAUGGAUAUCGAGUCUCCCAACAGAAAGUGCAGCUGGUGCAAGAAAAAGUAGUAUACCUGGGAUACGAAAUCUCCAGAGGACAACGAUCCUUAGGAACAACAAGGAAAGAAGUCAUUUGCCAGAUGCCCAGACCAGAAACGUACCAGGCGGUCUUAGCCGAAUCAGACGAUGUAACCAUUCAAGUAACUAACAUUGUCAAUCCAACCUCAUUCUUAGAAGGAAGAGUGCCAGCAGAACCAAUCGAGAACGACUGCCUAGAGACCAUUGAAGCAGUGUACUCCAGCUGCCCAGAUCUCAAGGAGGAACCAUUCAAAGAUACAGACAACUGUUUCUCCGAUGGCAGCAGCUUCAUGAAACAAGGAGUAAGGGUGGUCAGCUAUGCAGUAACCACAACAGAACAGGACACCUUCUCCACCCGGCUGCAGAAUCCCUCGGAGGACGGGACCCCCUUGGGCGCCCUCGGGUAA